ACACCCUCCUUGCUCAAAAAGAAAACCAAGUGACACUGAAAAUAUUGAGAAUGGCUGUUCAUAAAGUUAGUUACCUUGCUCUCCUCCUAUCAUUUGGAAUAAUUCUGCUUGUGAGGAAUGUCAAACAUGCUGAUGCGGAGGCUUACUCUAAAAAAUGUGAUCAAAAUCUUUACUAUGAGAUCUGCCCAGGAAUAAUUCGUCCAACAUGCAUUAACUGUUGUGAAGGGAAAUUGGGUUGCCAAUAUUAUAAUGGUAGUGGAGAUCUUGUUUGUUAUGGAUUUAAAAAAAACGAGGGCAAAGUAGAGGAUAAUCCGUUAGAAGGUUGUAUUUAUAGUGGUGAAGAUGGAACUUUCGUUUGCGAUGUGGAAGAUGAUAAAACCUCCAAGUUGCAGCCUUUUGAUGCAAAGAAACCAUCGGUUUUGAGCACUUCAUAA